AUGGGUAUCGAUCUGGUCGCCGGAGGUAAGGUCAAGAAGACGAAACGAACUGCUCCCAAAUCUGAUGAUAUUUACCUCAAGCUCCUUGUCAAGUUGUACCGGUUUCUCGUUCGGAGAACUGGAGGAAGCAAGUUCAAUGCUGUGAUAUUGAAGCGGCUCUUCAUGAGCAAGAUCAACAAGCCCGCCCUCUCUGUGUCCCGCUUGAUUCGUUUCAUGCAGGCAAAGGAGGACAAGAUUGCGGUUGUUGUUGGGACAGUCACAGAUGAUAUUCGAGUCUAUGAAGUUCCGCCUCUGAAGGUCACAGCUCUAAGGUUCACGGAGAGAGCAAGGGCCAGAAUUGAGAAGGCUGGUGGAGAAUGCUUGACUUUUGAUCAGCUGGCUCUUAGAGCUCCUCUUGGUCAGAACACGGUGCUGCUUAGAGGACCGAAGAAUGCUCGUGAAGCAGUGAAGCACUUUGGUAAGGCUCCUGGUGUGCCUAACAGCCACACUAAGCCUUAUGUGCGUUCAAAGGGAAGGAAAUUUGAGAGGGCUAGGGGAAGAAGAAACAGCAGAGGCUUCAGGGUUUGAGUUGUCAAUGAUGCUUGGGAGGCAGACGGAUCCUCUAAACUCUUUAUUCAAGGUUUUCUCUAUCUGUUUGUUAUUAUCCCAUACCAUUUUUGUUUUUGAUCUUUCCGUCCUUUGGUUUGACAUUAUGGUCAGUUCUUUAGCAGCAUUUUCUCCCUCUGGAUAAUUUGGUCUGUCAGAGCUUGAAAUUACAUGAAUGCAUACAUUUGAAUUUUGAAUGUGCUCUGGUUCCAUUUUUUGAACUUGAUACUGUUGCCCCAAUUGAGUAAUGUGCCUAAAAUAUGACAUGUAUUUGAGAUGUGUUGAUGUUGGAUUAUAAGACAGAUUGGGCUUGUGCUCCUUGGACUGAAAUUUCC